UGCGGCUCUUGCGGCCGUGUGUGAUCGAUCUCCUUUAAAUUUAAUGGCGCCAAUACAUGCCGGUGAUUAAAAAUAGUGUCACUAAAUGUCACAAUGUCACAAAACGUUCCAAUUUCGAACAGCAAACAAACGAUUCAUGUCGUUCGCAAAACAUCAAUUUUGUAUUUAUUGUGAAUUAUAUUAAUCGUACUUUCCCGCCACGUGAAUUAUAAGUGCAGAAUGCUUCGAAAUUAGGGGUGAAGUAGACAGGGGCCAAUUUGGAAAAGUUUUUGGAGCAAUAGCAAAAUGGGUAGCAUAACCCGCAACAAGUGCCAAGUGUACAGCGUUGGGAACUACCUGAUGACCGGCAAGGUGUUGGGGAAAGGACAUUUCGCGAGGGUGGAGGAGGCUACGCAUAGAAUUAUUGGAAAAAAGGUGGCGAUCAAAAUAAUAGAUCUAACGUGCAUCAAAGAGGAGUACGCGCGCCGCAACCUGCACCGGGAGCCGCGCGUCAUGGCCAAGCUGCGGCAUCCCUGCAUCGCGGCGCUUUACGAAACUAUGAUGCACGGGCCGCGGCUGUACGUGGUGAUGGAGGCGGCGGGCGGCGGCGACCUGUGCGCGCUGGUGCUGGCGGCGCGCGGCGCGGCGCGCGGCCUGCCCGAGCCGCGCGCGCGCGCGCUCGCCGCGCAGCUCGUGUCCGCCGUGCGCCACAUGCACUGCCGCGGCGUCGUGCAUCGGGACCUGAAGAUGGAAAAUAUUAUGCUGGAUAGUACAAAACAAUUUAUCAAAAUUGUUGAUUUCGGGCUGUCCAACGUGUGGAGCGCGGGCGGGGCUCUGCGCACCCCGUGCGGCUCGCUGGAGUACGCCGCGCCCGAGCUGUUCGUGGACGGCCGCCGGUACGGGCCCGAGGUCGACCUCUGGAGCAUAGGCGUGAUCGUGUAUGGCAUGGUGACGGGCGGGCUGCCGUUCGCGGGCCACAGCUCGGGCGGCGCGGCGGGCGGAGCGGGAGCGGGCGAGGGCGUAUCAUCGCGGCCACAGCUGCGUGCCGCCAUCACGCGCGGCUUCACGCGCAAACAACGCGCCGCGCUCGCUAGCGUCUCCGCGGAAUGCAAGACAUUUAUCGAGCAGCUACUUGAGCCUAAAGUGGAUCUUCGGAUGAAGAUCGAGGAGGCGGCGCGGCAUCGCUGGAUCAAGCGACCCGGCAUGAGGAUGAAGACGCAUCCUCUGCUCGCGCUAGAACCCAAGACUAACAGAGAGAUAUAUAGAGAGUUAUCAGAGCUCAGCGGUCAGCCGGUAAUGGACGUGCUGGCUCACAUAAAGGCGGACCCUUUUGGCUCAAUAGCAGGGAUGUACAACAUCAAGAGCCACUUGCAUCAAUUACAAGCGUCGACUGGAGUGGAGCUGCUCUGGUCGACGAACACGCAGGAACCAAGGCCCGCCACUCCGCCGGCGUACCUCGCCAAGUGUGAGCAAGACCCCUGUACCAGCCGGCCGAGCUUGCCGCUCUCGAACAGCUAUACCUCGACGCGAAUAAGGCAGAACGAAGCCAAACCAGAGUCCACUAAACCAACGAUCCCCAAAAUGAUAGUGGCACACAAAACGGACGCGACAACGCGGUCGGUUCAACAAAGGUACAUAUCUCCGCAGAAGUCUGAAGCCAGGACUGUGCUGAAUGAAAAGCCUUUGACGAGUCCAACGGUUCCCAGCAGACCUUCGAGCCUCUACAGUUUAAGCAAACCUAUUUUUAAGGUAUACGAUAACGGGGAUGGGUUAGACCCUAGACUGCCGCGAAUCGAGGAACAUUCCAACACGGACGGCGUGGAGGCAAAGACGCGGCGCAGCAAGCAAGUGCGGAAGGUCAACCUGGAUCAACCGACCCGGCUGAACAGCUGCCCCGACAGGCCGAGGGAGUUCUACAGGAAAGCGGCGGAUGGACUACCGAGUUGGCGAAACGGAGUUUCCACCACUACAUCGGCGCGUAUCCUCCUACAGAGCAAUGCGACUACAAUCAAACGCGCUUCUUUGGGCAACAUUGUGAGUCCACAUUCCUCGUCGAACAGUCAUUGCAAGACUGAAAGAGCGAUGCCGGCGGGCUGGUACACCUCCAGAGCGAUCACCCGCGAGGCGCAGCUACAACGGAUGCGACGAACUACGCCAUUGAAAUGAGCCCGCAAUUCAAACACGAACAUUUUCGAAGAGCUUAUUUUUUAAGUGUUUACACGAUUAAAUUCUUGGAGCCCCAUUAUUGUUAAUUUUAAGCGAAUAAAUUUAUUCCACUGCUAUGGCAUCUAGUUUAGGGCCCUAACUCAAAACCGCAAUCCGAAUUUGCAAUGCCUAAGGGCCUAAAUACAAUUUUGCGGCGCAUAGCCUUUGGCGUUAAACCACAAAUUUAGGGAACGUAAACAGUACAUGAAUCGCAAAAAGCGUGUUGCACUUUGCACGUCUUUUCGAUGAUGCGGCGUUGCGUCGGCGCGUCUUGAAUUUCGGCCUUUUGCGCUUGGCUCUUUUUUUAAUGCUUUACUAAUAUAAAAUUUUAAGAAAAUAUACAAAAUAAUGAGACAUGUUCAACUUUU